AUGAGCCAGAGCGACCAUGCAGCAGUGAUUUCCGAACUGGCGCUCAGCCUGGAAGAAGCAAUCGGGCGAGAGAAGGCGCUCAGCGAGGUGCUGAGGAUCAUCAGCAGGUCGCGCGGUGACAUUGACGAUGUGAUGGCCGCAAUCCUGGGUCACGCCCUGAUACUAUGCGAUGCGGAAUUCGGCAUACUCUUCGAAUAUCGCCGCAACAGACGGUUCUCGGCCAGGUUCUCGCGGGGCAUUCCCGCAGAGUUCAAGGACUGGCUUGAGGCGCAAGGUGUCAUUGCCGUGAGUGCGGAAACCGGACUGGGACGAAUGGAAACGGUGCAGGACAUCAUCAACAUUGUGGAUGUCCGCUCGGAAGAGCUUUAUCGCACGGAAGAUCCAUUGCGUGCCGCAACAGCUGAUCUUGGCGGCGCCCGAUCUUUCGUUGCCAUUCCGAUGCUCUCCGGCGACAGCCUGGUCGGCGCCUUCACAAUCUACAGGCAGCAGGUCAGACCCUUCAAUGCGCAGGUGACGGCACUUGCCCAGACCUUUGCCGAUCAGAGUGUCAUUGCACUCGACAAUGCACGCAUGAUCAGCGAAUUGAGGGCUGUUGCCCAGGUGGAGUGA